CCAAUGUAUUACAGUAUUACUAUAGAAUUGGGACCGAAAGAGCCGAAGGCUGAAGCUUGAGCUGCAUACUUUUACCUGAACGAUGAGCGAGACUCGACCGGUGCCAAGGAGAGAGAGCCCAUGGGGGAGGCCGGAGGGUGAUCAUCGCGAACCGAAGGCCCACCGAUGCAAUGACCGGGCGGAGGACGUCAUCCAGGCUUGUUUUGAGGGAAACCCAUUUAAGACGGUUCCAGGGCCAUUUAAGCUCUUCUGGCAGUGCAUGCGAUCUAAACCCGGGGAGGAACCAACAGAGCCAUUUACAUAUUUGCAGCUGGAUCCCCCGACAAGAGAGGUGAAACUUGAGUGAAACCACCUUUGUUAUCGGAAUCAAUAUCGCUCUUAGGUUGGCGCAUUGUCUCAAAAUUUCCAGUUUUUGUUAUCUUUUCUCUUAAUAAUAUAAUGUUGAACCGCAACUAAGAUUACAGCUCCCAAUGCAGUUGAGUUCAGCAGCUUAUUUGAGUUUUAUUUGAACCAUCAACUUUAUGUCAUCUUUUCUUAUAAUAUAAGCAUUUGUGGUUGUUCGUUUCUGCAA